CUUAAAGCGAUAACCUUCCAUGACUGUGAUACAAUAGUUUACAAACCUGUUUCCUCACGUUUUAAGUUUUGUUUAUCACCAGGCACAAUGGCCAGGAAUGCAGAAAAAGCCAUGACAACGCUGGCGCGAUGGCGUGCCGCACAACUUGGUGAAGGUGAUGCAUCAAAGAUACGCAGGCCGUUCCUCGCCACCGACUGCAACGACCUUCCUCAGUGUGAAAAAUGGAGGAUGCAGAUUAUAAGAGAAAUAGCGAAGAAAGUUUCACAGAUUCAGAACGCUGGGCUGGGCGAGUUUCGAAUCAGAGAUUUGAACGACGAGAUCAACAAGUUGUUGAGAGAGAAGGGCCACUGGGAAGCACAGAUACGAGACUUGGGCGGCCCGGACCAUUCAAGGACCGGGCCGCGCAUGCUGGACCACGAAGGCAAAGAAGUCCCUGGCAACCGUGGCUACAAAUACUUCGGUGCGGCAAGGCAGCUGCCCGGUGUGCGAGAGCUGUUCGAACAGGCACCACCGCCUCCUCCACACAAGACAAGGGGUGAACUGAUGCGCGACAUCGACGCCUCUUACUAUGGCUAUAUGGAUGAUGACGACGGCAUACUCAUACCGUUAGAAGAAGCCGAAGAAAAGAAAGCUAUUAAAAAAACUGUUGAUAAAUGGACAAAGGAAAAAGAGAAGAAAUUAUGCGAGGACAAUGAAGAAAACGAAGAAGAAGAAGACAUAUACAAAAUCGACAAGAAUGAAAGUUCGAGCGAUUCUGAUUCAGAAAUAACAGCCAAGACGUUGGAAUCGUUCAAGGCCCAUGUUCCUGUACCGACACAGAAGGACAUCCAGGAUGCCAUACUGCGAAAGAAAAAACAAGAACUGCUCGACAGGUACGCACCAGAUGAGGAAGACGAGGAAGAGAGCUGAAAUGUAAAUACAAAAGUGGGGGAUGAAUAGAAUUGACCAACAUUGUAUAUAUUUUUGUAAAUAUUUAAUUUAAUAUUGUGCAAAAUAUAAAAAUGAAAUUUA